AUGAGGGAGGCGCUGCGCGGGCGCUCGGGCAACCAGCCUGCCCCGAGCAGCCCUCUCCGUCCCGCCGCCGCCUCCAUGGCGCCGCCCGGGCCCCCCUGGUCUCACACCCGCGCCGCGCUGGGGCGGCUGGAGAGAGCGCUGAGCUGCUCCCGCUGCGCCGGCGUCCUGCGGGAGCCCGUGGCCCUGGGGCAGUGCGAGCACGUCUUCUGCCUGUCCUGCGUGGGAGACUGUGUUGGCACCGAGUGCCCCGUGUGCCACGUGCCGGCCUGGGUGCAGGACGCGCAGAUCAACCGGCAGCUGGAUAACAUGAUCCAGCUCUGCAGCAAGCUGCGGCAGCUGCUGGGCGCCGGCGCCUCCGAUUCAGCAGAAGUUACAUCCACACCGACUGACCCAGACUUGGGAAGAAAGAGCAAGAAGGAACAGAUCAAAAUGUGGUUCAGCCCUAGAAGCAGGAAGAUUCGAUGCAUCGUGAACAGGAGUCGGGCUGAGACUAAAAGCAAUGAGCUUGGUCAAGACGCCUCUUCAGUUUAUGAUUUCUUUCCUUCCCCUCCUCAUGAAAAGCCCUCCAAGCCAACAAAAAGACCAACCCAGAGACAGAUUAAGAAGACGAAGAAGAAACAUCUGGCAGACAUUAACAAAGAGUGGAACUUAGAGAAACCUGAGCAGAAAAGAGCCGAGGAGAAGACUCCCAAGGAAAAGUGUGUGACCAUCUGCAGUCAGCCAGUAGUGCUGUGCACUCCGGAACCAGGGAGUCCUGAAGAAAGACCUCAGCAGGAGUCUGUAAAGGAAGCUGACCCCAGCAAUAAUACAGAAGUUCUACCACAGCUGGAAUCCCCAGAGAAGCAAGAUAACAGUGAGGUUGUGUGCUCUGCACGAGAAAGCAAGGAAAAGAAUUGUGCUGCAGAGACGUUGCUGUCAAUAGCAAAUGGAGUUACACCUUUGAAACGUGGAAGGGAGCAGUGCAGGCUUCAGGAUACUCCUCAGUCUAAAAGAGCAAGGAGAAGUGAGAGGGGCACUCCUGGCAAGUCAAGUGGGCAGGCUGAUGGCUUAGAGGAGCCACUGCAGGGCUCUCCCAUCUGCACAGCCACUGGGCAGACACCGGUUCAGACUGCCGCCUCUGCAUCCAAACUCACUGGCACUGCAGUGAGGACAAGGAGAUCUGCAGCCCUUCAAGGGAUAAACAGUCCUCCACUUGCAGAAUCUCCCUCCACCCCAUCCACUUCCAAGACUUGCAGUCGAGUAGCAACGCCACUCAGUCCCGCUGUGUUGAAAUCCCCUGGUGGCAGCACGAUUGCCAGAAGAAAUUACAAGGGAGAGACUUUGCUCCAUAUUGCUUCCAUCAAGGGUGACUUAGCAGCUGUGGAGCAGCUGCUGAAGAACGGGGCAGAUCCCAAUGUCAAAGAUAACGCGGGCUGGACGCCGCUGCACGAGGCGUGUAACCACGGGCACAGGGAGGUGGCGGAGCUGCUGCUGCGGCACCGGGCGCUGGUCAACACCACGGGCUACCAGAACGACUCGCCGCUGCACGACGCCGCCAGGAACGGCCACGUGGCCGUGGUGCGGCUGCUGCUCCUGCACGGCGCGCGCCGGGACGCCGUUAAUAUAUUUGGUCUGCGGCCUGUGGACUACGCAGAAAGUGAAAAGAUGAAAUCUGUGCUAAUGUUACCAGAGAAGAAUGAAUCAUUUUCACUUAACCAGCCCUCUGAGGCACUGAGCUCCAGCCAGCCAAGAAAUGGACCCCUUGGUAUACUGGGGAGCAGUCUUAGUGCGGAGCAGCAGAAAUUGCUGAACAAAUUGGCAACAGUCCUGAAGGCCCAGAGGUGCACUGAAUUUAACAGCAGAGUAACUCAUCUUGUUAUCCCCAAUGUUCCGAUGCCAACUACUGUCAAAUGCAUGAUGGCUGUUCUGACUGGAUGCUGGGUCCUCAAGUUUGAAUGGGUACAAGCCUGUCUGCAGAGCUCAGUUCGAGAACAAGAAGAGGAGUAUGAAGUCCAAGGUGGCCCCCGGCGAGGGCGGCUCAACCGGGACCAGCUGCUGCCUAAGUUGUUCGAUGGCUGCUACUUCUAUUUUUUGGGACCUUUCAAGCAGCACCAGAAGAGCGAUCUGCUGGAGCUGGUGAAAGCAGCAGGGGGCCAGGUGCUGGUUCGGCAGCCCAAAGCGGACAGCGACGUGACGCAGAGCAUCAACACGGUGGCCUACCACGCGGAUCCCGGCUCUGACCAGAGGCUCUGCACUCAGUACGUCAUCUACGACGCCGCUUCCAAGUUCCAGCCGGAGAAAAUCCGGCAGGGCAAGGUGUGGAUGGCCCCCUCCAGCUGGCUCAUAGGCUGUGUGAUGUCAUUUCAGCUCCUGCCCGUGCAGUGAACGGCAGAGCGCAGCGUCCCCAGAGCAAGGCUCGAGAACGGGCUCGGUUUUGGCAGCUGGGACGCUCUGGAAAACUGCUCUGAAGCUGUGAUUUCUGGUUGGGAUCCAGGAGAGCUUUGAGCGUUUAAGUGAGUUACUCAGGUGACUGAUAUGCUGGAAUAAAUGAACGUACAGUGGAGGAGAAGAUUGAAAAGCGGGCCUUGGCUUAUUUAAUACGCUUUAGUUUUGCAUUGAAGUUAAUAAAUGCUUAACAAAUAAUCACUGACAUUUUGUAACUGGGAUUUUGCAAAAUGAAACCUUUUGCUUUCUUGAUUUGAACCAGGUCUUUGUAGGCAAUUGAGCAUGACCCCAUUUAUGUUGUUUAACAUCCAUUGAUAAGGAUCUACUGCAUUUAUCGAGCUUUCCCAGGCUAGAAUUUGUAUUUUUUUAAAAAAAAGGACUCCAUGCAUCUGAACCUGUGCAGACAUGUCAGUUGACAUGUGACAUUUAUUACAGCUUUUUUACAACUGAAUUUUGCUGGAAAUUGUUGGCAUGGGGGACUUAAAUAAAUGGCCUGAAUUCAUCUGGAAGCAGACACUUCGGAGAAAAAUCUGACACUUUUUAAAAAAUUUUGGUCUAAAAUUUACUUAUUUGUGAAAAGAUUAAUGCUUUACUCACUUCUGUACUCAUUCAUGCUUGUAAACAUGUAACUAGAAAUCAGUUCCAUUUUCUGAAGGCUUUUAAGCAUUGAGAUCCUUAUUUAAUUAUUACGAUAAAUAUUUUUGUCAGUUUGGAUGGUUGCUCUCAUGGCUGCUUUAAAGAAAAAAGAAAAGUAAUCACAAAAGAGUUGUGCUUCGCUUUGCACAGUUGUACCUAAAGAGGUGGCUGCACUGGAUCAACGUUUGAUUAUUUCAUAUUUGUUAGAGUGUUUCUCAUAAUGGCUCAUAAGUUAUUGUCAGGAUCUCACUCUGUGCUCUUAUGUAAUGUUUUGUAUCUUAGCUUGUGAAUUUGUAAUUGAGAAAUGAUGUCUUGGAAUAAUACACAAUAAGAAUGAUGGUUGUGGGCUAGCACACGAGUU